GACUCUGGUGCUGAAAUACUGUCUAGAUAUGAAGAACAGGAGAAUGCUGCUUCGCUCCGCAUCCCCUAGCAUUUCUCUCGGUUCUAGCAUGUGCCAUUUUACAUUUGAACAAGUGCAGGCGUUCACCGGCGGCUUCUCAGAGGCAAGUCUACUCGGACAAGGUGGUUUUGGGCGCGUGUACCGCGGAGUCCUUUCCAACGGGGAAGAUGUAGCAGUGAAGCGACUGGAGGUGGGGAGCCAGCAGGGAGAGCGUGAGUUCCUCACUGAGGCUGAAAUUGUAAGCCGCAUUCAUCACAAGCAUGUGGUGACUUUGGUUGGAUACUGUGCAACCAGACUCGAGCGCAUCCUCGUGUAUGAGUAUGUGCCUAACAGGUCCUUGGAGUCACACUUACGUGGAGGUGGGCAACCGACCCUGGCUUGGGAGGCCAGAAUGAGAGUUGCUGUUGGCUCUGCCAAAGGAUUGGCAUAUCUUCACGAGGAUUGUCAUCCUACGAUCAUACAUCGCGAUGUCAAGGCAGCCAACAUACUAUUGAACUUCGAUUUUGAGGCGAAGAUUGCAGAUUUUGGGGUCGCAAAAUUUGCUUCUGAAUUUAAUCACGGUGACUCUAGUGUGGUGGGCACCAUCGGGUAUGUUGCUCCAGAAUACGCCUCGAUUGGGGAACUAACCCCAAACGCAGAUACGUUCUCAUUUGGGGUCGUCCUCUUGGAGUUGAUUACCGGCCGCAGACCUGUGGGUUCGCCACUUAAUUCUUCUAAUGAUAAUCUGGCUUUUUCCGCAAGGCCUCAACUCACACAAGCUCUGGGAGACGGAAAUUUCGACUUUCUUGUCGACCCCAGGCUGCAGGACCAUUAUAGCCGCAGUGAAAUGGCUCGAAUGGUGGCCUGCGCUGCUGCUUGCACACGUGAAUUCGCGGAGUGUCGACCGAAAAUGAGUGUGGUUGCUCCAGUCCUCGAAGGGCAUCAAUCUGCCGCUGACCUUGAUGAUGGGAUCGGAGCCGGGCCGAGUAACCUCGACCUCGAAUACGGCGACGGCCAUUACGGGGAACCAACAGGUGAAUAUGGCUUGUAUCCAUCUGGCUCGAGUAGCGCGGGUCCUAGCGGCCAAACACCCCUAGAUCUGGAGAUGGGAAGGAUGGUGGCCUUCAAUAGUUUCUAAACCUCCUUGUUUUUACUCUUCAACGUAGAUGGCAAGAUAGGUUCGGGACCUGCCAAAAUUAACCGGU